CUCACGGGCCCGGCAAGAGGGAUGUGCAGCCGAAGUGAGCGCAGGACUCCGGGGCGGCACUGAACGGCACCGCUUUAACAUUUAACGUCUUUCACUUUUCGCCCCUUUUCUUUCACCAGCGGCAGAAAAACGCCGCCACGCUGAAUUUGCAGCCGACAAGAUGCUGACCGCAAUACUUUUGUUAUUAAUUUAAUUUUUUUCAUAUUUUCUUCAUCUUGCCGACGAGAUUCAUAUUAUUCGCGAGGAAUGUCGAAGCGCAACCUGGAAUAAACUUUGCCAAUAUGUCUCCAUGGAUUAUGACCGGCGCACGUGAGGCUUAUGGAAUAUAGCCAGACAUUCAGCCAUCUGCAUGCGAUUCCAUUCAUCCCCGUGAAAAAGAAACUCUUACUGAUGGGCAUCAUGCUUUUAUUGUGGGUCUACAUGUUAUAUUCCUGCGUGGGUUAUUGCGCCACUGUGCCAAGUGUAAUAGACUCUUACCGGGUAAGGGAGACGGAAUCCGCUGGUAGAAGGACAGAGAGCGCCAGGGCGGACCUGGUGUCCAAGCUGAUACCCAAAACCCAAAGCUGGGUAGACCUGGAAUCCGAUUACGACGAGCCGUCAGUGAGGACGCCCUCCAGAGACCUGCUGGAUAACGAAGUGGACUCGGACAGAGCCGGAGACUGGGACGAAAUGAAGGACGAGCAGAGGGGCCCCGAAGCGAGUGCCAUGUCAAGCUUCUCCAACGGGUCGGGCAGCAAAAAGCUGCCCCAGGCGAUCAUCAUCGGGGUGAAGAAGGGAGGCACGCGGGCGCUGCUGGAGUUUCUGCGGGUGCAUCCCGACAUCAGGGCGGUGGGAGCGGAGCCGCACUUCUUCGACCGGCACUACGACAAGGGGCUCGACUGGUACAGUCGUUUUAAGCGCCUUUCUCUGGGAUCCGCGCAGCCAUUCGGCUUUGACGCUGAGCAGUGGUCCCUGUUGGACGGACACGUAAACUGCAGAGAGCUGAUGCCCAGGACCCUGGAGGGCCAGAUCACCAUGGAGAAGACGCCCAGCUACUUCGUGACGCGGGAGGCUCCGGCCCGCAUCUACGCCAUGUCCCGGGACACCAAGCUGAUCGUGGUGGUGCGGGACCCCGUCACCCGAGCCGUGUCCGACUACACGCAGACGCUGUCCAAGAAGCCCGACAUCCCCACCUUUGAGAGCCUGACCUUCCGGAACCGCAGCGUGGGCCUCAUCGACACCUCGUGGAGCGCCGUGCAGAUCGGCAUCUAUGCCAAGCACCUGGACAACUGGCUGCGCUUCUUCCCGUUGCGGCAGAUGCUGUUCGUGAGCGGCGAGCGGCUGAUCAGCGACCCCGCCGGCGAGCUGGCCCGCGUGCAGGACUUCCUGGGCCUCAAGCGCAUCGUCACCGAUAAGCACUUCUACUUCAACCAGACCAAGGGCUUCCCCUGCCUGAAGAAGGCCGAGGGCAGCAGCAAGCCGCACUGCCUGGGCAAGACCAAGGGCCGGACCCACCCUGGCAUCCAGCCACAAGUGCUGCAGAGGCUCCGCCAGUUUUACCGCCCCUUCAACAUGAAGUUCUACCAGAUGACUGGCCACAACUUUGGCUGGAACUGACAAAGCAAAAACGUUAAUACAGGACACCUUGCUUGAAUCAUUUUUUUCUCUGUAAUUCUGGCAAAGACGUGGAGAUAUUGCUAUAUAUAUGUAAAAUGUACAGAAAUCUAUUUUAUAAUAAUUUAUUUUUAAUUUCUAAGCAAUUAAUUCACUAAGCUGCCUAACCUGAAUUUGUCCCUUGCAUUUGAUCCACGUUUUGUAUCUUUUUAACAUUCCACAUCUCCUCUUUUUCUGCUUUUUUGUCGUUCUCUUCCGCUCUUUCCGUUUCUCUCUUUUGCCGUCCAGUCAUUUAAACUCGUUAAUGGUGCUUUCAGUGGCGGCUGAAGGCGUUAGUGGCGGAGCCGUUGGGAAUUCGGAAACGGGACGGACACACAAAGCAGCUCUGUGUUAUGGCCACCCGCCGCUCGCCGGCGACUUUCAAUCCACCACGUCUGUGGGUUUCAUUUCCAUUCUGUUUUCUUUUCACCAUCAUCUUGAGUCUGGCAGGUGCUCUUUUGCUGUUGUUGGUCUAUGUUUAGCACAGCCAGGCUGAAGGUCCUGGGCUCUAAGCGGAUGGCUCUCUGUGGUUACAGGUAGCCUAGCAUUCAGGAACAGUUACCUCAGCUAAUGCAUUACUGCUGACCCCCUAGACCCUCUCACUUAAUAAAGCACCGAUCGAUGGGCUAAUUGCUCCCUUUCGUGCUGUCCCCAGUUCAAAGAAUAGCCCUGCUCUCCUCCAACGGUCAUAUGGUAGAGCCUUCUGGUGAAUGCACUAUUGAUUAGCGGCUAAAUCGUAUUUGGGGUCUCACAGGGUGACGUCACUUUGCUCAUGUGAUGGUGGCUCGACCGAUCAAUCCUGACCCCGUGACCUGGUCUCGCCCUUAGAUCCCGGCCCACUUUUCCGGCUCCUGCCACGGGAGCCGGCGGGUCAGAGGAAAAACCAGCCAGAUUCCCAAGAGAGCAUUUUGAGGUUGCUUAUGUUUUCAUUCAGCUACCCGAUCAAGACCCCCCCCCCCCCCACCACCUCACAGGCUCUGUUGGAUAUCGGAGGAGUGGUAUAUCCAAGAGCGAGGGGGCAGACCUGGCAUUCGGCAAACUGUUAACUGUAAGGGUCACAGCAAGGCUCAUGUAUUUGGAAUGGGUGACCUGUCGGCCAUUUUGGGGCCAUUCCUUCUGUGAAAAUUGAGGAUUCACAUCGUACCUCUUGCUGACUUUGGCGACUCCUCCCGUGGGACUCCGAUCAUCUCCGAUCUGCCUUUCCUCCGCUCUUUUUCACUUUCGGCGUCUUUCGUCUUUGUUACUUGAAUACUAUGUAUGCAUGUGAGAGGGGGAAGUGUGUGAAUCUCGGGGAUCACCAAGGGCCGCCUUGCGCACGUGACGCUGUCCGUGAUGGUGGCGUGUUGCCCACGUGACGCUGUCCGUGAUGGUGGCGUGUUGCCCACGUGACGCUGUCCGUGAUGGUGGCGUGUUGCCCACGUGACGCUGUCCGUGAUGGCGGCGUGUUGCCCACGGACCUCUGAACACACUUGGACAUCUCCUCUCUCCUGUGGGAGCAGAUUAGGGUACUUUUUAAAGACACUUUUCUGCCUCUUUUCAGUCCAAGACUGAAUAGCCAGAUAUCUGUAAUCGAGUACAAAAGAUAGACUUAAGAGUAGCAAUGAAGGGUUUAAAUGAGAAAGGCUGGCCUGCUUCAGUCCUGAUGUUAACUGAUGUUUUUUCUGACACUCAAAAGUGAUUCGCCAAUUUAGGGCCCUCAGGCACCUGUGAGGUUCAGGCUCGUAAACCGCUGUACUGUCUUGGCUGUCGCUGAACAGGAAUCCGAUCCUGACUUUAUUUUUAAUUACUAAACAAAAAAACACAUAAGCCCCACCCCCCCACCCCCCAAAUCGUUGUGAUUACACAGUCCAUAUCACCAUUAAUUUAUGGUUGAGUUUUAUUCAACCCAUUAAAAAAAAACAAAAUUUAGUGGUGUUUCUUACCCAUAUAAUAUGGCAUUUAGAUUAGCCCAUUUGUAUGUAAAAAAGAAAAAAGACACGUAAAUCAAGUAUUUUGUGGUAUGUACAUCAAAAUUAAUUUUACACAAUGAACUGCAAAAAGGAACAGAAAUUUCUAGAUAAAUACUGAACAUUCAUGUUAUUUCUUUGUAUGAAGAAAUCAAUAAAAUAUAUAUUUUACCA